GUUUUUUUAUGGAACUGACGUGUUUAGUGCUGUGUUUAUUAAAAUAGGGAACAUUGAGAGUUCUUAAAUAAAACGUUUUCAAAAAAAUUGCGGUCUGUUACAAGACAUUUAUAACUGGGAAAAUCGUGAGUGGCAAGGAUGGCGACGGCGCUCAACCUUAAGAAUUUCGCCAGCUGGGACCUUUCGAAAAGCAAAUAUGAAGAAAUCGACGAACUCCCCCUCAUGCAGAGUCCUGGACCCGUCCUCAUGAUCCUGGCCAUAUACCUGCUGUUCGUGCUAAAGCUAGGGCCAGCCUUCAUGAGGAAGAGGCCUGCAUACAAACUCACGCGCACGCUGCUGGCGUACAAUUUCAUCCAGGUGGCCAUAUCGGUGUAUUUAGUACAAAAGUAUUUUCGAGCAAUGUUGGAGCUUGGCCUGGUGCCUAGAAAAUGUCACAUGACUAAUGAAAGGCUAAGACAGGAGAUCGUCUUCGGCAUCUGGCUAUACUUCGCAGCGAAGGUCACCGAGCUCCUCGACACCGUCUUCUUCGUACUGCGAAAGAAGGACAACCAGAUAACCUUCCUCCAUCUAUACCACCACUCGAUCAUGAUGGUUGGAACCUGGGCGUUCUUCAAAUACUCUCCGUCGGACACGGCGCUGUUCAUCGGUUUCUUAAACUCACUCGUUCACGUGUUCAUGUACACGUAUUAUGGCUUGGCUGCGCUGGGGCCUAAGGUCGCGAAAUAUUUGACCUGGAAGAAGUAUAUGACGACUUUCCAGCUGGUGCAAUUCGUCUCCAUCGUCGCUCAAUACCUAAUCACAGUAAAACUCUCAGAAUGCCCCCCUUCCAAAGGAGUCGCUAUAUUUAUAGUAUGCAACACAUUAGUCUUCCUAGUUCUUUUCGUUAAUUUCUACAAACAAAGCUAUGUUAAGAAAAACAAUAAAACUAGGGUUAACGUUAGUAAUCCUUUAGGUAUUUGUAUGAUUCAAGAGAAAGAUGUCAAAGUGCAAUAAUUUUCUUGUUAUGUAGGUUUUGAAAUUGCCAGUAUAUUUUAAGUUUUAGCAUAGAUUAAAUAUAAGAAGAUCAUACCAUCCCAUACAUUAAAAUGCGACCGCCUAAGAACGCGCAUACACUACAUCACACAUAGAUGGCGUCACAAAAAAAUGCCUUGUUGCUAUUGAUUAUUUGUAGGUUGGCGUCAAGUCUCACUUUCGAGUCAUAAAUCUGUGUCAAAAGUGACAUCGAAAGCUACAAGACAUUUUUUUUGUGGCGCCAUCUAUGUGUGGUGUAGUGUAUGCACGUUCUUAGGCGAUUGCAUUUUAAUGUAUGGGAUGGUAUGAUCUUCUUAUAUUUAAUCUAUGGUUUUAGUCAGUUGAACAAGCUUUGGGGAAAAGUAAUUGAAUUACUUAUUAACAAUAUCAAAUGCAUAAUUCAAUUA